UUGAACAUUAAACAUUAAUGAACAUUAAUCAUUGAACCUGACAGCAUACAACUACAACUACAUAGCUACACUUCAUGUCUAGAUUUCUCAACUUCCAUUGAAGCUAAAUCCAACUCCACAUCUUUCAAUCGUAGCAAUCAUCCAUAUUCAACACACAUACCUUUGUCAUAACACCACCAUGGCGACCCAAAACUUCGGUCUCCUAGACGAGCGGGACGAAAACGAGCUACACAAAACCCGCCUUCUCAACGUCGAAGAGAAGCCAUUCAAGCGCAUCACCAAACGCCUCGUCGCACCUGGCGCCUUUACAAACCCCAGCAAGCUCCCCACACCACCACCAGAUAGCAGUAAUGAACAAGAGGCCGCCGCCGCCGCCACGUCAGCGACCGACAUCAACGCGCUAAAAGAGGAUAUCAUCCUCGACUUCGAAGCCUUCGACGCGCAAAUGCUGCGCCUCCAACUCCUCAGCACCGCUAACACGAAGGAGCGGGAGCGGUACGCGGCCGAGCGCGUGCGAAUCUUAAAAACCAUGGAAGAAGUGCGAGACGGCAACGGGGCGCUGCGGACGCGGCUGGACGAGGCGCGCGCGACGCUGGAGGUGCGGCGGCAGUUCGACGUGCUGGCCAACGCGAUCACUAACAGCCGCAUGCUGCGCCCCCGCGACGAGCAGGCGGCCAGCCUCGCGAAGCUCGCCGAGGAGUGCGAGGACCUACACCGCGAAAGCGAGACGUACGGCGCCACGUGGCGCGACCGCCGCGAGCAGUUUGGGCGUCUUGUUGAUGAGGGAAAACGCCUCCGCGCUCUUAUUCGGGACGAGAAGGAGGAGGUCGAGCGGCGAGAGGGCAUGGACUCGGAUGCGGAGGACGGCGAGGCGGGCAAUACCCCUGGUAAAGGCGGGCUCGUCAGCGGCAACGCGACGCCCAGAGCCGAGAGCGGCGUCGUGUCGUCUAAGAGCGACAGCGGCGGCGGCAACAACGCGGAUAGUCCUGGCGGCGGAGCAGCAUCCGCUACUACUCCAGCAGCAGCGGCGGCGGUGGAAGGCGGUGGUGGUGGUGGUCUGAAGCCGAGACUCGGCUCGAUAGGCAGCAGCUUUUCGCGAUCCGGAAGCCAGGCACCGAGUCUGCGGGCAGGCAGCCAGCAGCCGAAAGAUGACGACGAUGAGCUGGAGGAGGGCGAGGAUGUAGAGAUGGCGGAUACACCGAUGGCGGAGGCGUCGCAGGAUACGCCGCAGAUCACGGUGGAGGCGCCGGGGGACAUGGAUACUACGUGAAGAGGAAUGCUACGAAAAGGAUGGGAGGGUUUAUCGAAGGAGAAGAAUAACAUGGGAGAAUUAGCAAGGAGAGUCCAUCGUUGUUGAGCAUUACCUAGGUAUUUAUAGGUUUGCUCGGGGCCAGAUCUGUCUCCUCGGUCUACGAGUCUAAUAGCAGCAGCUCAUCGAGCAUUGUUAGGGAGAGGCAGUGGGAGAUGGAAAUUAUACCCAGCAGAGCAGAGCAGAACAGACUAUUACUUUGCUACAUUAAUAAAAAUCUCGCAUAGUCCAUUGUCCACA